AUGGUUACUUGUCUCUUUGGUAACGGUAUUUCUUCCGAUUUCUUUCAGGUCAUCUCAAACAUGAGAGUCAUGAUGACAGAGGACACGAAUAACGCUGUCAGCAGCUCGUUCUUGUUGGAUGACGAUUCAAGUAUACCAUUCACAGUAGACGACAUUUCCAAGUCAAUGCAGCAAGUCGAAGUUGCUGAGAUCGAACCACCACCUCUGAUCCGUGAAAACUCGGGCUUCUCCUUCCUGCAACGCACGGACUGAUCAUUUGCCCUCUGCAGCCCUGUGAAUAUCUUGUUCUAUGGAAGCUCCAAUUUGUGUAAGUAUUAGCAUUGCGCUUAGUUUGGAACAGUAGGGAAGACAGUUCUUAUAUAGGGCAAGAAAACUGAAAAAACCACAAAGAAAUCAAAAGAAGGGGG